GUGAUCGACCUUCAAAUGAUGAUUGUGAUAUUGGCACCAUGUCUCUUGGUGCUAUGUCUCUUACACCUCUUCUAUAAAUUCAUCGAUCAAAGAAGAAACCAGUCAUGUUACAUCUUGGAUUAUGAAUGCUUCAAGCCGACCGAUGACCGGAAAGUCUCCACUGAAUUUUCCGGUGAUAUGAUCAAGGGAUGCAAGAACUUAGGUAUCGAAGAGUAUAGGUUUCUCUUGCGAGCCAUAGUUAGCUCUGGCAUCGGAGAAGAAACUUAUGGUCCAAGAAACUUCUUCUUAGGUCGUGGGACAAACCCUAGGUUAAGCGAUAGUCUAUUUGAAAUGGACGAGUUUUAUUCAAAAACCCUAGAUAGGCUAUUCAGCCGAUCUGGGGUUUCUCCGCAAGACAUUGACAUAUUGGUCGUCAAUGUUUCAGUGAUGGCUUUAGUGCCAUCACUAACAUCUCGUAUCAUCAACCAUUACAAAAUGAGAGAAGAUAUCAAAUCUUAUAAUCUCUCGGGAAUGGGAUGCAGUGCGAGCCUGAUCUCCAUCAAUCUUGUUCAAAACAUGUUCAAAUCUCAUCGAAACAAAUUCGCGCUCGUCUUAACCUCAGAGUCAAUCGCGCCAAAUUGGUACAACGGCAAUGAGAAGUCCAUGAUCCUCACCAACUGUUUGUUCCGUUGCGGGGGUUGUUCGGUCCUCUUAACCAACAGAAAGGCUCUAGAAAAGCAAGCCAUGUUUAAGUUAAAGUGUUUGGUUCGAACCCAUUUGGGAGCAAGCGAUGAAGCUCACGCAUGUUGCCAACAACAAGAAGAUGACAAAGGCCAUCUAGGGUUUUUCCUAGGGAAAACCCUACCGAAAACCGCCUCACGAGCUCUAACCCAAAACCUAAGAACUAUAGCACCAAAGAUAUUGCCAUUAACAGCAAUCUGUCGUUACAUUUUGCUUUCGAAUCUCCAGAAAUUUGGUGCUAAAUUUUUGCAGAUUAGGGUUAAAGGGAAGAUGAGUUUGAACUUCAAGUUAGGAGUGGACCAUUUUUGCUUGCACCCGGGUGGGAAGGCAGUGAUCGACGGAGUGAAACGAAGCUUGGCGUUAACGGAAGAAGAUAUGGAGCCGUCGAGGAUGACACUGCACAGAUUUGGGAACACAUCUGCAAGCAGUUUGUGGUAUGUUUUAGGGUAUAUGCAGGCAAAGAAGAGGUUGAAGAAAGGAGAUCGGGUUUUGAUGAUCGGGUUCGGAUCCGGGUUCAAGUGUAACAGUUGUAUGUGGGAGGUAUUAAAGGAUUUGGAAGAUAAGAAUGUUUGGGAAGAUUGUGUGGACCAUUUUCCACCGAAAUCACUGAGUAAUCCUUAUCUGCAGAAAUAUGGAUGGGUUAACGAAGAUUCUGCCUGCAUGCCACCACCUUAACUGGUAAUUAAUUAAAACAUUAAUUACGAGUUUACAUAUUUAUUUUUAGAUUUAACUAAAUGUGUAAUUAAAUAUGUCUAAAAAGUUUUACUUUUCGGAAUACCAUUUUUUCUUUGUGUUGAAUAAAAACAACAAAACCUUAA